GGAAAAUUAAGUUUGUUGGUGAUCCUAUUAAAAGGGAGAAAAUAAUGGAGAGCCAAGUAACGUGCCAAGCAGGAAGAAUUCAUCUGUUACUUUAGCUCCAUGCAUUAAACAAAUGAGAGGAACUAAUGCAUUGUGAGCAUGAGACUUCGGUUGAUAGUGAGGAUAUAACCAUUUCCAAACUCAUAUUUAACUAUGAAGUUCAAAGAGCCUUUGGUGAAAAACAAUCUCUUGAGAAACAACCACACAUUCCACUUCUUCAGGCUUACUCUGAUGCCUCAAACAGCUUUGACUACUCCGAUGAUUCUUUUUUCUCAGACGAUUUUUUAGGUCACGCAACUGAAAGCGAUCGACGCCCUCCUUUAUCAAAACAUGAUGAAAUUAAGAACUCCAAAUUCAACAGAACGAUUUGCCGCAAAGCAAAGUCCGUCAACUCCGAAAAUUGUCUCCCAACAGACAAUCUAAACACACAACUCAAACUUUACAGGAAAUCUCAGCAAAACAAAAGGCGCCACAACAUGAGGACUAGAUCACAGUCCAGAGAUUUUCCUUAGCUUGGGUCUAGUUUUAGUUAUUAAUAAUUUCUUUUCUGUAUUUUCUUCCUUUUAUUUCUCUUUUGUACUGUACUAUUUAUUUUCAUUAAUAAAAUUGUUCCUUUUCAAAAAA